CUUGCUUUAGUAAAACAUCCUCUCGGGCUGGGGAUUUAGCUCAGUGGUAGAGCGCUUACCUAGGAAGCGCAAGGCCCUGGGUUCGGUCCCCAGCUCCGAAAAAAAGAACCAAAAAAAAAAAAAAAAUCCUCUCUCCUGUGUCUGCUUCAGCGAAAUGUUCCUUUGCCUGUUUACCCCAGCAAAACACAACACAACUGACUUUCCAAAGAACCCUUAAGUCUCCACUUCAUACGGGUGAAAGUAAACGUAAUGCAAAAAUAUGUGACUCUCAAGUCAUAGCUUUCCCAUUGCGGACUAGGGCGUGGCUUCAGGGCGGCCUGCUUGCCUAACAUAAGUUGAGGUUAGGUUUGAUCCUGCGCAAAAAAUAGAUAUGCAGAUGUUCCCACUAGAAACAGUGGCUUUUGUUUGAUUUUUCUCGAAAUUCACACUAGUUUAUUUCUUCUUUUUUCUUCUCUUCCUUCCCCCCCCCCUCUCCACCCCCAGGCUUUCCUGUACAGACAAGGUCUCAGGUAGCUUUAGCUAGCCUGGAACUUUCUGUAGUCAAGGCUAGCCUUGAACUCCUGCUCCUGGAACCUCCACUCCUCCCCGCCAAGUGUCUUUCUUUUUGCUGUAUUUUAUUAAUUUUACUAUUUGCUAUGGCGGGAGGGUCCACCUGUGCCACAGGAUGGACCGGCAAGAGGCUUGACCACAGAGCUGGCUCACUGCCUGUGUUUUGAUUCAACUGUGCUAACCGAAUUAUGUCGUGAGCUCACUUUAUUGCCUCAAUAAACUUCUCGUUAUAGAGACAAAUUAAAAGCGAAAUGACCCACUCACUAGCAGUCAGACCUCGUGGCUUAGGGGGGUCCAUCUACAAUUAAGCCUGACUCCUAACUCCUAGGGCCCCACCCAAAUGGCUGGUUUCACAGAGGAAAAAAAAAUGGUGGGUUGUCACCUUCACCUCUGUUCAGGCUCGAUCGCAAAGAAAAGAUCUAGGAAGCUUAACUUCAGCUAAAAACAAACGAACAAAAAGCAAAACAAGGGGUUGGGGAUUUAGCUCAGUGGUAGAGCGCUUGCCUAGCAAGCGCAAGGCCCUGGGUUCGGUCCCCAGCUCUGAAAAAAAGAAAAGAGAAAAAAAAAAAAAAAAGCAAAACAAAACCCCCACACUUUUUCUCUAAGAGAACACCUCUUUCUCCCCUGCUCUUUCCAUCUCCCUCCUCCUCCUCCCUCCUUCUUCCUCCUCCCUCCUUCUUCCUCCUCCCUCCUUCCCUCCUUCCCUCCUCUCCUCCACACUGGAACUAACGUGUAGACCAGUGUGCCUCAGAAGCGCUGGAAUUAAAGGUCUGAGUCACCACGGCUCGCUUUUUUUUUUUUUUUCCUUAAAUCAGUUCUGGCCUGGUAAAUAUCUUUAUCUGUAUCGGGGUGCCUCCUCGUUUCCUCGAGAACCCUGGGGAAGAACCUGACUUGGCCCUCAGGAAACAAAUAUGGAAACUAAGACUCCCAGGUGCAACGAUCUCUCAUUCUGUAGACAGAACAAGUUUAUCUUUGUCCUCACUGGCUCCCAGAUACUAACUAGCAGGGUAACCCUAGAUAAAAACCAGGGAGUGGCACAUCUCCUGAGUCAACGUCGCAGCCAACACACAUUCUGCUGGAGUCAACUCAAAUGAGGAAAUGAUGACUGACAAGUUGGAACACUUUCUCUCUGACCCUAUUGGACAAAUCUUAUCUGGCCACGCCCCCAUCAGGCAUGGGAAUCAGUGGGCGUGGUUGGGAUUCUCUUAGGGUAACUUGCUGCUCGUCCUUGGGCAAAGAGGGGAGGUGACUCGAGCAGCUGAGGACGCAAAAUGAGGGCCUUACGGGUCUCCCAGGCUCUGAUCCGGUCUUUUACCUCAUCUACCAGGAGCCACUUAGAAAACCGAGUGGCACAGAAGCAGAAGCUCUUCCAGGCAGACAACGACCUCCCGGUGCACUUGAAGGGCGGGGGAAUGGACAACAUCCUGUACAGACUGACCAUGACGCUGACGCUCGGGGAGGCCCAAAGGGGAGGAACGGCGAGGGGCCAGUUCCAGGGAAGUCAGGGCUAUAUUACCGACAGAGCCUGUGGCAAAAAGGAGAUGGCUGACCGUGAUCUAUGAACCUAGGGAGGACAAAGGUUGGUGCCAACUGAAACUCACUGGUGAUAUGGCUGAGUGCAAGGGCACAGAAUCCACCAGCAAAUGUGGGUGUGAGCAUGUGUGGGUGUGGUGUGUGUAUAUAUCUGUGAGAGUGUAGGGUAUGUGUGAUGUCUGAGUGUGAGUGUGUAUGUCAUGUGUGAGUGUGGUAAAUGUGUGUGGUAUGUUUGUGUGAGUGUGUGAGGUAUGUAGCUUAAGUGUUUGUGUGGGGGGGUAUGGUGUGUGUAUGUGUGAGAAUGUAUGAUACGUGUGUGUUAUAAGUAUUGGGGGUAUGGUGUGUGUGUAUGUGUAAGAGGGAGAAUGUGUGGUGUAGGUAUGUGUGGGGUGGUGUUAGAGCACGUACAUGUGUAAAAGCCCUGGGUUCCAUCCUCAGCACCAAUCAAUCAGUCGGAGGACCUAAAAGAACAAAGCUCGGAGAGCUACAAACCUGACCCCAAGAGACAGAGGGUCGCUGAGCUCUCCUAACCGCUUGGGAACCUGCGAGGAGAUCACUGGGGACUCAGAGUCCCAUUCUCAGCCUGCGUGGGACCCAGGUGAAGCAGCAAAACCAGGCCAAGCCUCAACUUGGAAGCAAAGACGCAGAGCAGAAAGCGCACGGAUCCAGCCGCAGUGACUGGCGCCCCAGACCGCCUGUGGGGCUGGAGAGAGGGUGCUGUGCAGAGGACCGGGUUCACCCCAGGACCCCAGUGGUGGCACACACAGAGUGCACAUAUGUACACGCACAUUAUACACAUACGCAUUAAAUUAAUAACCAAGUCACUCUACAGAGCUCUCCUUCCUGGACUCAGCGCCCCCUCUCCGCACUCAGAGUCUGAAGGAAGCAGCGAAUGGAGAGUUUAUUUCCUCUUGGGCCCGACAGCUGUGCAGGGGGAAAACAGUGCAGGCAUAGGCACUAGGGUGUGUGGCACUGGAUGGCCUGGAGUUUAUUUGGCUGCCUGGGAGGUAACUGUGUGAGUGUGUAACAAGGUGUGUAGGGACAGGCGUGAUCCUCCCAGAACUGAGACAGGGCCCUUGGGACAUGGAAGCAAUAGGAGUGCUAGGCUUGGCACACAGACAGGAUGGAGG